AGAAAGAGCAAUUCCGUUGUUUUUGCAUAUUUAAUUGUAAGACAAUUUUUCAUCGGACGUGGUCUGUCUUAGCCUGGGAGAUUCUUCACAGAUUCUUUCUGUGAAGCCAAACCCAGAUCAAUAGAAACAGAGCAAAACAAAUAUCAACCAUUCCCAUUUCCAAAACACCCAGAGGUUCUUUUUUCAACUUCUGUCCUGUCAAGAGAUUUUGUUUUUAUAAUUUGGUGAUUGAAGGGACUUAUUGUUUGAUGAUCUGGGUGUUUCUAGAAUGCUUUUACUCUGAUCAUUUUGUAUUGGGAAGAUCAUGGGAAUGGAUUAUUAUAACAUAUUGAAGGUGGACAAGAAUGCAACAGAAGACGAUCUCAAGAAAUCAUAUAGGAAACUGGCAAUGAAAUGGCAUCCUGACAAGAACCGCGACAACAAGAAAGAAGCCGAAGCCAAAUUCAAGCAGAUCUCCGAGGCUUAUGAGGGCUUAAGCGACCCUCAAAGGAGAGUGAUUUAUGAUCAGUAUGGUGAAGAAGGGUUGAAAGAUAUGCCACCAUCUGGCACUGGUGGAUUCCCCUUUAGAAAUGGUAGUGGUGGUGGCUCUAAAGGGUUCAAUCCUAGGAAUGCAGAAGACAUUUUUGCAGAAUUUUUUGGCAGUAGUCCUUUCGAAUUUGGAGCAGCAGGAGCUGGAAAGUCAACAGGGUUCCAGUCUGAUGGACGAGGCAUGUUUGGAGGUUUCAGUUCAAAGGAAAACAUGUUUCGAUCUUAUAGUGAGGGGGCUGCACCUAGGAAACCUCCACCAGUGGAAAGCAAACUACCCUGCACUCUUGCAGAGCUAUACUCUGGAUCAACAAGGAAAAUGAAGAUCUCCAGAACAGUAGUUGAUGCUAAUGGACGUCAAACACAAGAAUCUGAGAUAUUAACCAUUGAUGUGAAACCUGGAUGGAAGAAGGGAACCAAAAUCACUUUUCCAGACAAGGGAAAUGAGCAACCGGGUCAGCUCCCAGCGGACCUUGUGUUUGUGAUUGAUGAGAAGCCCCAUGAUUUGUACAAGAGAGACGGCAAUGACCUCAUUGUGAACCAAAAGGUGACACUAGCCGAAGCACUUGGGGGGACCUCAGUGAGUCUCACCACACUUGAUGGUCGUAAUCUCUCAAUUGAUGUAACCGAUAUAAUUAGCCCUGGUUAUGAGCUGGUUGUUCCCAAGGAGGGAAUGCCAAUAGCAAAGGAGCGAGGUAAGUGGGGUGAUCUGAGAAUCAUAUUUGAGGUGAAGUUCCCAACAAGGUUGACACCAGAGCAACGAGCAGGACUCAAGCGUGCCUUAGGAGGUUAAUUCAAGAUGUUUUCCUACAUGUAUAUAAGCCAUUAGCCCGAAUCAAGCCACCCUCAAAACCAAAGAUAAUGUUGCUCUUUUGACAGACUAUGGUGUAUAACAAACCAGGCAAAGCAAUUGCAAAUUGAAAAAUGAUGUGUCUGAAUCCUGGUUGCAUUUUUACCAUAUUCUUAAUUGUCUAUGUUGUUUAAUUCUAGCAGUUCUCUCUGUAAUUCUUACAACUUUUUUUUGUUGUUACUGGUUUUUCCGUGUAAGUGAUUUUUCCCCUCUUGUUCCUCCAGUGUGUUGAUAUAUUGAGAAGAUUGAGCUUGAGGAAUA